ACAGUGAACCUGUUGACGUUAAAGCCUCCCCACAACCUCAGAUGAUGAAUUCAAAGCAGUCAGUGUUUCAUGGGGCCUCCCAGACUCACUCUGCACUGUACCUCAGUUCCCACUACCACCAACAACCAGGAAUGAAUCCUCACAUCACUGCCAUGCAUGCCAAUAUCCCCAGGAACAUAGCACCCAAGCCCAACAACCAAAUGCCAGUGACUGUUUCCAUAGCAAACAUGGCUGUGUCCCCACCGCCGCCUCUUCAGAUCAGCCCCCCUUUGCACCAGCAUCUCAACAUCCAGCAGCACCAGCCAAUUUCAAUGCAGCAGUCCAUUGGGAACCAGCUACCGAUGCAGGUCCAGUCUGCUUUGCAUUCACCUACAAUGCAGCAAGGAUUUUCUCUUCAGCCUGAAUAUCAGAAUAUCAUCAAUCCAACAUCAACAGCUGCACAAGUUGUUACUCAAGCAAUGGAGUAUGUUCGUUCAGGGUGCAGAAAUCCUCCAGCACAGACUGUGGACUGGAAUAAUGACUACUGCAGUAAUGGGGGCAUGCAGAGGGACAAAGCGCUCUACCUUACCUGAAAAUCUGAAACACCUCUCCUUUCCACUGAGGAAUGCAGGGAAGUCUUUUCAUCAUGGAUUGCUUUAUGCAGUCAAGGCAGUUCUGCAUUUUAUUAGGAAAUACAAGUUGCUAAGCACUUAGGACUAUUUGAGCUUGUGGGUCACCCACUCUGGGAAAAAUAGUCUUGCUUCUUUCUUUUUCUUUCUUCCCCGUCCCCCCACCCAUUUUUUUUCUCUUUUUCCUUUCCACCCCUACCCUGAGAUCCUUUAUCGGACAUUGCUUUUAUUCUUCCCUGAAGGAAACUUGGACCAUUCAGAUUUUAUGUUGGUUUUUGCUGUGAAGUGCUGCGAUAGUAACUGCCUUAGCAACUGUAGAUGUCUUGGAUAAAAGUCCUGGAUUUUCCAUUGGUUUUUCAUAAUGGGUGUUUAUAU